AUGAGCCCAAGCUAUGCCGACUCUAUCGACAAGCUCGUGGGAAACAACUCCUUCCACUGGGAGCUCAACACUCGGUGGCUCAAGCUCAAGUGCGCUACAAUUGUCUCAGCGUUUAGCUGGGGGCACAACAGCGAGAACAUUUAG